CUCCCUCAUUUCAUUAUCAUUUCAAUCCCCAAAACAAUCCCAAAAGAGACAUUAGUUUAUAUAGUUCCCCCCAAAAUGCCUUCUUUUGUUGGUGGUGCUCAAGCUAAAGAUGUCUCUUCUCUUCACCUUCCUUCUUCGUCUUCUUGUCGUCCUCUUACGCUUAAGUUUGUAGAUGUGAGUUAUCGAGUGAAGGUGACGAACAAGAGUGGAAAUACUAUUGGACGGAUUUUUGGAUGUGGGUCGGGCGAUGGGGCGGCGCCGCCCGUUCAAGAACGGAGUAUUCUUCAUGGGGUUUCUGGGAUGGUGUCGCCGGGUGAGACUUUGGCCAUUCUUGGCCCGUCCGGAAGUGGCAAGUCAACUCUUCUUAAUGCUCUUGCGGGAAGAUUACAGGGUGAUGGUCUAACCGGGUCAGUAUUAGCUAACGGUCAAAAGCUUUCCAAAUCGAUACUCCGAUGGACCGGGUUCGUGGCACAGGACGACGUCCUCUACCCACACUUAACCGUCCGGGAAACUCUCAUAUUUUGCUCUCUCCUCCGACUACCUCUUUCCCUCUCAAAGCAAGACAAAGUCACAAUAGCCGAGUCGGUGAUCGCCGAGCUCGGGCUCACGAAAUGCCAAAACACGAUCAUCGGAAACGCCUUCAUCCGUGGCGUCUCGGGUGGAGAACGAAAAAGAGUGAGCAUAGGCCACGAGAUGCUCAUAAACCCAAGCCUACUAAUUCUCGACGAGCCAACAUCAGGGCUAGACUCGACCGCGGCGCACCGACUGGUGACCACCAUGGCUGCCCUGGCUCACAAGGGGAAGACCAUAGUGACCUCAAUUCACCAACCAUCGAGCCGGGUGUACCAAACCUUUGACAAGGUGCUGGUCCUGUCGGAAGGACGAUGCUUGUACUAUGGGAAAGGAAGUGAAGCAAUGAGCUAUUUUGAGUCUAUUGGGUUCACACCUUCUUUUCCCAUGAACCCAGCUGAUUUUCUCCUCGAUCUCGCCAAUGGUGUAUACCAAGUUGAAAAUACAAGUGAAGGAGAGAAACCCAACAUGAAGCAAACCCUAAUUACUUCUUACAACACUCUUUUGGCUCCAAGAGUAAAGGCAGCUUGCAUGGAGACAUCAACGUUGCUCGAAACGAAAACUCGUGAACGAUUGACUUGCAAAACUAGUCUCCUCAUGUGGUGCAACCAAUUGAGUAUCUUACUUCAGAGAAAUCUCAAAGAACGAAAACAUGAGACCUUCAAUGGCUUGAGAGUUUUUCAAGUUAUCACUGCGGCGAUGCUCGCGGGAUUGAUGUGGUGGCACUCGGAUUUUCGAGAUAUUCAAGAUCGUCUCGGCCUUCUUUUCUUCAUUUCAAUUUUCUGGGGAGUUUUCCCUUCCUUUAACGCAGUUUUUGCAUUCCCUCAAGAGCGAGCAAUCUUCCUUAAGGAACGAGCUUCGGGUUUGUACACGCUAUCGUCAUAUUUCAUGGCUAGAGUCAUUGGAGACCUUCCUAUGGAGCUCAUCCUUCCAACAAUUUUCCUCACGAUUGCAUAUUGGAUGACCGAGCUAAAACCAGAGCUUGGUGCCUUUCUCUUGACGUUGUCAGUCCUCCUUGGCUAUGUUCUCGUAUCGCAAGGGCUUGGCCUUACGUUAGGUGCAACGAUCAUGGAUGCUAAACAAGCUUCCACCGUAGUAACCGUGACGAUGUUGGCAUUUGUCUUGACGGGAGGUUUUUAUGUACACAAAGUACCAACGUGCAUGGCUUGGAUCAAAUACAUUUCAGCGACAUAUUACAGUUAUAGGCUCUUCAUCAACGUGCAAUAUGGCACCGGAGACAAGAUAUGGUCGUUGCUCGGUUGCUCACGACAUGGAACCGACAAAGCAAGGUGUAACUUUGUGGAAGAAGAUGUGGUAGGGCAAAUAAGCCCUGCAUUGAGCGUUGGAGCUUUGUUAUUUAUGUUUGUGGGGUAUAGGUUAUUGGCAUAUUUGGCUUUGAGACGCAUCAAAUAGAUAGCCUAAAUGAAGGAGAAGCUUGCAUUGCAUGCAUGUUUGACACACUUCGAAUGGAUUUCCACUAACCAUUUGGUUCUCCAAAGAUGAUUUGGGCAAAUGUAAAUAGCCAUGAAGAAGUUUAUGAAUGUUUUUUGUUGUAAUAUUACUAGGAAUAUAUGCAAUAUGAGAAGCCACUUCUCUCUUUUAUUA